AUGAACGCAUCUGCCACGCUCUCUGCUUCCCGCGUCAUCGGGGGAACAUCUUUUACUAGAAAAUCCUCCUCCUCUUCUUUGCAGAAAACAACGCCGAGAAGAAGAAGAGGUAACGUUUCGGUGAAUGCGCGAUUGGUCGGUAACCCGGCGCCGCACUUUGAAGGCGAAGCCGUCAUAGACCAAGAGUUUGAGACCAUCUCUUUGGACCAAUACAAAGGCAAGAAAUAUGUCGUCUUGUUCUUUUACCCGUUGGAUUUCACUUUCGUCUGCCCGACUGAAAUCACCGCCUUUAGCGACCGAUACGAGGAGUUCUCUAAAUUGGACUGCGAAAUCAUCGGGUGCUCGGUCGAUUCCAAGUUCUCUCACUUGGCGUGGAUCCAAACCGAAAGAAACGAAGGCGGCUUGGGCGACAUUGAGUACCCGUUGCUCUCGGAUUUGAAGCGCCAAGCGGUUCACGCGUACGACGUGUACGAUGAGAAUAACGGCGAGGCGUUGAGAGGUUUGUUCAUCAUCGACAAGGAAGGUAUUAUCCAGCACGCGACCAUUAACAACGCGCCGUUUGGUCGCUCCGUCGACGAAACGUUGAGAACGUUGCAAGCGAUCCAGUACGUGCAAACGCAUACGGAUGAAGUUUGCCCGGCGGGUUGGAAACCGGGGGAUGAAGCCAUGAAGGAAGACGUCAAGGGUUCGAAGGAGUAUUUCUCCAAGCUUUAA